AUGAUAAAUAUAACUAAACCAUUAACUCCAAAAUCAAUUUCACAACAAAAACAACAACAACAACAUCCAUACAAAAACAUUUCAACAACCAAAUCCAACAACAACCCCCAAGCUUCUGGCUCCAAAUCAUUUGUUCAAGAAAAAUAUCCUUCACAAUUAUAUGAAUCGGAAAUCAAAAUUCAUAAUCAAAGUCUUGCUGAAUAUGAUUUAGACAUUUAUGAUAUUAUGGUUAAUUUGAUUGAAACCAAUAAACCAAAUUUAUCAUUAUAUAAACAACAACCAUAUUUAACUUUCACCAUUCGAUUAAAAUUGAUUGAUUUUUUAUUAAAAAUGUCGAUUCGUUUAAAAAUUUUACCAUUUGUUUUUUUUAAAGCGGUGAAAAUUUUCGAUAGAUAUUGUUCCAAAAGAAUUGUAUUAUUAGAUCAAUCCCAAUUAAUUAUAACUACAUGUUUAUGGAUUGCAAGUAAAGUAAUGGGUGGUAAUAAUCAUUUUGUUAAUAUUAAUAAUUUAGAUAAAAUUGGUCAUGAAAAUUUUAGAACCAUAAAUGAUUUAGGUUAUGGAUGUGGUGGGAAAUAUCUUGGUCCAACAGAAAGAUUCCGAUUACCGAAAUUACAUGAAUUGGUGAAAUUAUGUGGUGCUAAAUGUAAAUAUGAUCAAGGAAUGUUUAAACAAAUGGAAGUUCAUGUUUUAAACACUUUAGAAUGGUCUUUAAAUGAUCCUUCAAUCGAAGAAUUUAUUAUUGACAGUCAUGAAUUUAAUGUCAUCAAUAUUAACAAUAAUAAUGAAUAUGAACAGACCAUCACCACCAAUGAUGAAUCUGCCAAUGCCAAUGCCAAUGAUGGUAAUGAAUUUUUCAAGAUUAAAGAAUUUCUUAGUUAUGCAGCCUUAUAUUCCCAUGAUUUAAUUGAUACUAAUAUAAUUGAAUUAGGUCAAGUUAUUAUGGAUUUAAUUAAUGAAACCUUCCAAUUACAACCUUUUGAUAAACAUUAUCAAACAAUUUUAAAUUGUGAUAGUGAUCAUCCUAUUAGAUUUGAUAUGCAACGUUAUAAACAUAUUAAAAAAGCUGUGAUUAAAUCGGUUUUGAAUGCUUCGGAUUUUAUGAUGAAAGUUUUCCAUUCAAAAGGUCCUCAAUUUAUUUAUCAACAAUUUAAUUUACAAUAUAAACUUAAUUAUACUACCAAUAGUAUCAUUGGCGGGUUUGGUAAUAGUGGUUAUUCCCCAACAACAACAACAACAACAACAACAUCUGAUAAUAUCAGUACUACACCAACUAGUUCUACUGGCUCUACUACUCCAGUAUCAUCAUAUAUUGGUUAUGCCAAUUCAAGAUCAUCAUCAGUAUCAUCUACUUCAUCUGUUGCAUCAUCUUCUAAUGCAAAUACACCAAGUUCAUCAUGUAGUACUACUUCAACAACUCCAUUAGGUAUGACACCUCAUAAAAGACAAAAGAAUUAUUCCAAUUAUUCCAAUUAUUCCAAUUAUUCCAAUUCUUCAACGUCAUUAGGGUUGACUAAUAAUAAUAAUAACAAUACUACAAUAUCACCAGUUGAUUCAACAACUAUAAAUUCCCAUACUAAAAAUUCUUCACAAUUAAAUUAUCAAUAUCAUAAUGGUGGUAGUAAUAAUAAUAACCACCACCAUCACCAUAAACCAUCAUUAUCGGUAUCGAUACCACCACCACAAAUGCAUUCUCAUCAUCAUAGUUCUACCGUUUAUCAAAUGGUAACACCACCAAAUCUGGCCAAUAAAAAUUCAAACAAAUCAAACUCCGCCAACAAUAACAACACUACUACUAUUGCUACUACUACUACUACUACUACUAAUAAUAAUAAUAAUAGUCAGCUUCCUGCACCUCAUCAAUUAUCUUAUAAUAAUUAUUUCAAUUCUCCAAAUAUGCAACCACCACCACCAAUGAAAUAUACACCAGGUCGCAAGCAACAACAACAACAAAACCAAGGCCAAAAUCAACAACAACCAUUACAAUUAUAUCAAGGUGAUAACAAUAAUAAUGGUACUAAUACCAAUUCAAAGUUUAAUAGUAUCGCUGGUUCUCGUGCUGUUUCUUCUUCUUCUUCUUCAGCAGUUAGUAUUGCUUCAUCAAUCUCAACAAAUAAUUAUGAUAAAUAUGAUGAUGACGAUGAUGAUGAUAAUAGUAAUGAUUUAUUUUCAAGUAGUAGAAGAUUUAUGAAUUAUUCAAAUUAUUCAUCAAGUACAAUCAAUGGUAGUGUUAUGAGUGGAGUCAUUAAUAAUAACAGUGGUAAUGGUAAAGGUAAUGGUAAUGGUGGUAGUGGUACACCUAUUAGUGAAAAUGAUUCUCCUAUUUAUACUAAAACUCGAUUAUGUAAUAUGAUUCAUUAA